AUGUGUGAGGUCAUGUCAACGCCUUGCACAGCUUUCCUUUAUCAGUCCUCUGGCCCACUGGCAUGUUCUCGGCCUUCUGUCAAAACUGUUCGCAAUGUUCACUUUCCCAAUGACAUAGUCUUCCAGGAUUAUGUCCGUCAAGGAGAGCUGGAGAGAAUCGGAUGCUUCCUUACAACAAGGAGAGUGAGUCUAGAAACAAUCUAUCAUUCAGAGGUCACACUUCCUUAUGCAUCCUUUUCAAGCAAACCAGCAGACCUGGAUGAAUUCUGUAUUUUCAGGUAUUUGCUUUCCCUGGGUGCUGACACUGAGGCUGAAAAUGACUGUGGGGAGAGGCCUGCUGACCUUAUUGAACCAGACUGCAAAGAGCUGCUUGAAAUCUUCUGA